AUGGCAGCUGAUAUAGCUGAAGAGAUCAAGCGCCGGAAACCAAAGAUCCAAUACGCGAACACCAAUGGCUUCUUGGAUCCAUCCAAAGGCGACAAACGUCCCCAGGGAAAAGAAGCAGUUAAUGCACGUAUGCUGGCGAACUACAUACUUGACCACGAAGGAUCGUACUUUCCGAGCUUGGAUCAGAUGAAAACGGUCAUUGACGAAACCCACAAACCGGAGACGACGGCUAGCAUGAAGAAGCGGAUCGGCGAGGUCGAAGAGCAACACGACCGAUCGCUCACGGCUCUGUGCCAGCAUUAUGCUUGGCAGUACAACCAAGACGCGCUGGAUAGCUACUACUCGUACGACGACGCACUUACAUAUGACCACCGCGCGGGUUCGCGACGUGCCACCUCGUUCCUGCACGCAUCUGACGACGCCAUAUCGCGCCUGCAAUACUCGCAUCUGCAGACUGUGAUUCCCUUGCACCGUCGAUAUCAAGUCCUUGUGCGGAAAGAGAAUGAGCAGCGCGAACGACUUGACCGCCAGUUUCCGCAGUCCGUCACUGAGUUUCGCCAGAUCGCGAACAAAGACCGGCAGCUUCGUGUCGCGCGGUUCCUGGCCAGCAGCGACGAUCCGCAGAAACAGGAAGCGACGAUGAAUGAGUAUGGAUGGGCGUGGAGACAGGUGAAACCUCUCAACGACCAGUAUAAAGCCGAUGAACACUUACGCGAAGAAGUGGCCAAGCUCCUCCGGGAAGCAAUUACGCCAGCCGACCCAAGACGAAGGGUGGCUGACGACCCUAGGCGGCGAGGUUCGAUGGAUAUCCUCAGCACAAACCCCGCACGUGCGGAUCGCAUGGACGUUGAUUCGUGA